AUGUCAAAACGAAAAAGUGAAUUUUACGUUGACAAUAAAAUUCAAAGCAUUAGAGAAGAUUUACAGAAGUUGACUUCAGAUUAUAGAGCCACAAAUGCUAGAGAGCAAAGCCCGAUUGAACAAUUUUUAGAAUCCAAAUAUUUGGAUCCUACAUUUAAAUUAAGUAAAGUUACUGAGUCCCAUUUUCCUGGCUCAAAAGACUCUCAAGACACUGCUGCAGGCAAUUAUCAUAGAGAAAAUCAACUAAAGGUCUCACAAUCAGUUAGUGAUCUGAGAAAGCAUAAAGGACCAUCUUUGGAAUCUGCUCAAAACUCAAAACCAUAUACCCAAAACUAUGAUGAGAUGGAAACCUAUAACAAGAAUCCCAUGAGAACUUCUGAAAUUAUAGACCCUACUGUAUCCACUGCUUAUAGAGGAAAAAGUGGUUUCGCAACUGAUAGGAAUAAAGCAGAUUUUUAUAAUGAACGAAAUAUAAAAGAUCCCUCUUUGAAAAAAGUAAAAAGGACUUUAGAAAAUAAAGAAAACUAUAUAUCACCGAUAAGCGAUUUGGCAGCCUCAGCAAGGGGAUUAGAAGACAAAGCAAAUGAACUGGAAACUGCAAAAAAUGCAUUGUUUCAAGAAAACUUGAUACUCCAUAAAAAAUUAGCAAGUCUUGAAAAAGAGAUUAAAAAUUUUGAGCCAGAAUCAUCUAUGCAGAAUGAAAUAAAAUUGCUGAAAGCAAAUAAUCAUGAGCUUGAAAAACAAUUAACAAUUUUAAAAAAGGAAAAAAUAGGAUUUUUAAAAGAAAUUGAUCAGAAAAGCUCAGAGUUAAGAUCGGCAAUUAUAAAAAUUAAAGAAUUAGAAGAAAAAAUUCAAGAGCUAAGCAAGCUGCUGCCAACUAGAAUUAAGCAUAAGUCUUUGAAUUCAGAUUGGAAAGAAAAUACAAAAGGCUCAUUAAAAGAAUACAAAAAUGAAAAUAAUAAGCUUAAAACUGCUUUAAGAAGAAAGCCAAGCUGUGCAGAAUUAAGAAGAGCGAAUCAAAAAAUAGAAAAACUUGAAAUAGCGAUUGAAGAUAUCAGAACGAAAAAGAGAAGGUCAGAAUCUGCGAAAAGAUUAAGAGAAAAAAGCCCAAAAUUGCCUAGAAUUAGACCUAGAAGUGAAAACAGAGAAAGAAAACACGAAUUAUCCCCAUCAAAAAAUCUUGACUCUCAAAAAUGCACUGAAAUUAUAAGAGAGCUGAUGAAUGAAUUUUCAGUUAAUUCACCAUCCUCUUUAUUAUCAAAUGCAAAAUUACUCUUACAUGAUACAAAGGCUCAAUCUCAGCAGCGCAAAUUAGUAGAAAGAUUGAAAAAACUGAUUAUGGACUAUUCUCCUCCAGAAAUUUAUGAGAAAAACCCUUCAUUAAAAACUAUAUGAAAAUGAAUAAGAAGAUUAACCGAGGAGUAUAUUCAAUUGAAGAAAAAAAAUAAUCAAAAUAUAUCUGAAAAAGAAAUUUUAAGUAAGCUGAAAAAGACUUUGUGUAUAGAGAAUACAGAUGAAAUUCCUCGAUCAUUGACUAAGCUAUUAGCAGACAAUGAAAAUUAUAUGGUGAUACUGAAUAAAGUGAAGGCUGCCCUUAAAUUAAGUAAUUUUUAUUUAGAUACACGAAUCUCUAUUCAAGAAUUGGAAAAAGAAAUUGAGAAGAGAAUAUAA